GUGCGUGUGUGUGUGCAUGUGUGUGUGCUAAUUAUGGCUGUACAGAUGGAGAAGCAUCUCACUCUCUGAAGCGGCGGUUUUACCGCUCGAAUCAUAUUUCCUUUUCAGGCGACUUUGACCCCUAGUUUGUGUGUGAAGAGGAAACAUUUUCCCUUUCUCCCCCUCCCUCAUUCUCACACACACUCUCUCUCUCUCUUUCUCUCUCUCUCUCACUCUUAAACACACACACACACAUGCUUAGAAGAGAGUGUGUGCCAAAUUACAUGCAGACUUUUUGCAUCACGGGUGAAAACUUUCCUGGUCUUGGUACGCUCAGCUGCCUAAACUCAGUCCCAUCCUUCAGCAGAUGGCGUGAGGAAGGAGCGUCGAGGGUUCUCCGGAGCAGCACAUGGAUAUGGCACACAAGGUGAAACCUCCACUACGGAGGUCCUUCAGCGAGCAUGUGAAGGACUCGACCAAUAAGGCUUGGGAUAUAUUCUGGAGAAGCGCACGUGAGAAACGUCUCUCAGAAAUUGAAGCGAAGGAGGCUUGCGAUUGGCUCCGAGCAGCCGGCUUCCCUCAGUACGCGCAGCUUUUUAAAAAUUGCCACAUUCCUAUUGACACAGACUGGGCGAAGAGCGAUCAUGAAUUCCUAGACAGUGACACAUUAGACUCUCUUUGCAGGAGACUGAAUACCUUAAACAAGUGUGCGGAGAUGAAGCUGGAGCUGAGCAGAUUCAAACGACGAGGUGAAGUCGAUGAUGAUGUGGAACCCUGCGCCAUCAGUCCUAAGUGGUCCUACAACCAAAAGAGUAGGCUGUGGACACGUACAGACGGUAUGGACUUUCUUCCGUCUGUGGACAGCCCUGUCUCCAGUCUGAGGAGGUCUGAAAGCUGUGAGGCGUCUCUCUCAGACAGCAGUGAGCACCAUGAGAUCCUUUCCAUGCACAGCUCCAGCAGCGCAGACAGCGAAGGCUGUGCCGCCACCCUCAAAACUUCUGAAGAUCCCGAGACGAGUCGAAGCUCCUCAAGAUGCUCGUCCACCUACAAACACCUGUCCCCAGACACCUCCUUCAGUGGACCCCCAUCUCCAGGGGAGCCUCAUAACCUCUGCAGUGAAGAGCGCUUUCCAGAGAAGCCUCCUCUAAAGAAGAGGCAGAGCCUUCUUCGCAAAAUGGACAAGAUGAGACCUAGAGGGUCAACGCUAUGGCCGCAUGCUCAGAGUGGAAAAUCACGGUUAGUCAUAAGCAGUCCUAUACUCCAGGAGGACAAGCUUGGGGAGAUCCACCAUAUGAACAUCCUGGACAAGUCAUGCAGCCCAGUGUCCUGUGCACCACCUUAUGCCUCAAGCAGCAGUCCCUCAGAGAACAGCAGUGCAGUCAGUACACCCAGUCCGGUCACCAAGGUUCGCAGUAACUGCAAAAGACAGAACGGUCAAUCGCAGGCACAAGAACAAACCUGUAUUAGUGACCAGGAGCAUCCCGUGCCACGCAGCCCUAACAGCAACACUGUGUUUGAGAUUCCACACGGUCACAAGCCAGGCACUUUUCCCACCAUUUUGCACAACACUGUGCUGUCACCCCUUGACAACACCUCCGUCAACUGGAGGACCGGAAGUUUUCAUGGAUGCCAUCGCCGUAGAUUUCAAAGCAGUAUCUCCAGCGAUCAAGAACCACCAUGCAGUCCUCUGGCGGCGCACGACCAUCGGGUUAGCGUUUACGACAACGUCCCAGAUCACAUGCAAAUUAUAGAUGACGAUGUCUUUUCAGCUUUGGAUAGUAUAAUGGAACGUAUUACAGAUCUACAACAACUGGUCACUUCAUGGACAGACAAACUUCCUGACGACGGAGACUCAGACUUCUCCCACUCCAACUCUUCCUCCCCUUCUUCUCUGACUGACAUCCACCUUGAGAUCAAAGAGCAGAGUGAAACAGAUCAAAAUGACCAAAAGCCAAAUUACGACGAGCUCUCACAGGCUUGUUCUCAUACACUUCAGCCCGUUUGUGCUCAGAAACUUUACUGGUGCAGUGAUCAGAUCUUCUCAACACCUAACCCCAACAGCCAAGCCAUCGAGUCCCAGCUUGCUCCCUGCGUUUCGAUGCUGCAGAGACUGAGUCUGCUCAGAUUGACUGUUCUGAUGGACAAGUACUCGCCUUUCAGCAAGCAAGGAUGGAACUGGACAGUCCCGAAAGUCUACAGGAAGAUGAAAGCUUCGGAGCAGAAGAACAGGAAGGUGUUUGGUGUACCUUUGCUUCAGAGUGUUCAGCGGUCAGGGAAACCUCUGCCCCCAAGCAUCCUCAGAGCAAUGGAGUACCUUAAGACUGAAUGUCUGGAUCAGGUUGGCCUUUUCCGGAAGUCUGGGGUCAAAUCUCGGAUUCAGUAUCUUAGGGACAUGAUCGAGGCCGACCCUGACGGCUUCUCCUUCGAGGACCAGUCUGCCUUCGACGUGGCCGACAUGAUAAAGCAAUACUUCAGAGACCUACCUGAACCCGUUUUCUCCGGCAAGCUGUGCGAGAGUUUCCUGCACAUCUACCAGUAUUUCCCAAAGGAUCAACAGUUUGCAGCGGUCCAGGCUGCCAUCUUCCUCCUGCCUGAUGAGAACCGAGAAGCUCUUCAGUGCCUCCUCUUCUUCCUCCAUCAAGUGGUGGCCUGCGUGGAGGAAAACCAGAUGACCCCGACGAAUAUUGCUGUUUGCUUGGCCCCGUCUCUGUUCCACCUCAACGUCCUCAAGAGAGAGAGCACCAGCAGCAGGGCGGGCCAAAGGAAGCACAGCUUGGGAAGACCAGACCAGAGGGACCUGAGUGAGAACCUGGCUGCUACUCAGGGCUUGGCACAUAUGGUGACGGAAUGCACUCGACUGUUUCAGAUGCCACAUUACUGGAACGAGAAGAAUCCCAGCACCUUUAACGAAGACGCCCUGAACACGGACAGAGGCUCUGCUUUAAAUACAAACGAGACUGAUCUAUCAGACCGUGCCCGGCUAGACAUCUCCGUCCAGCAGCUCUUGAAAGAGGCGAAGGAGAAAAACAAAAGCUGGGUCAGCUGCUCCACCUCCGAUCAUGUGGACGUGGCAUUUAAAAAGGUGGAGGACGGUUACCCGUUGCCGUUGUGGAGGGGGACCGUGGAGGUGGACGCUCCUCAGAGCGAUGUUUUUCGACGUGUCCUGAGAGAGCACGGUCAGUGGCAGAGCGAGCUCCAGCACAGAGAGGUGGAGACCCUGGACAAGGACUCUGAGAUCUACCAGUUCACCCUGCAGGCAGUUGGCACACGACCACCACUGCAACAUCUGCUUUUGAGGGCGUGGCAGUCCGAUCCUUCGUCAGGGCCUCUGUACGUAGCGGCCACUUCAGUCGAGCACGCAGACGUCCCGAGCAGAGGGGUCACGGCCCGAGUGCUGUGCUGCAUGUUCCUGGUGGAGGCGAUGGGCCCGAGGAAGUCUCGACUCACACACUUUUGUCGCACCGACACCAGGGGCCGAUCUCUGGAGUGGCACAAUAGAGUUGGCGGGCACCUGAUUUCAUCCACCCUGGUGGCAAUUAGAGACUCUUUUAAACCCAGGACGAAGCUGUGAAAGGACACAGAGGAGAGAUUUGGAGUUACAGCACAAAGUUAAAAAAAAAAAAGGACAAAUAUAUUUAUUACACAGAUGUAGUUGUAUGAUGAGCGCAGCACAGGAUUCCAGGAGGUGUUUCACAGGCGGCACGAGACGCACACAGAGCAUCCGCGAUGCUGAAGCGCUUCCGGUCGACGAAGAAGAGCAACCGGAUAAUGAGAUGUUCCAGGACAGUCGGUCUGCUCGGCUUAUCAAGACUGACAAGGAAGAGUGUCAGAGUAAUGAAAUGUCUCAUCCUAUUUGAAGGACCGCUUCACGAGCUAACAGACUGCAGAGGUUUUCUCAGACGCCUGCAGCUUUUAAACGCAUUAAAAGGACGACUGGGUGACAAUGUGAGAAUCUACUUCUCUCGGGAGUCGGCCUCGACGCCGUUCGAUGCGGAGACACCGCGGGGUGUGUGUUACCUCCAACAGAGGGGUUUAUUUUUCACAAGACAGCACAACGAAACAGAAUAAAGAGAUUUGAAAUAUAUUUAAGGUUUAGUGAGAAGAGACCUGGUUUUAGACCUACCUUUCUUUUUAU